AUGGCCGGCCGGGGUUGCGGCUGCAGCUGCGGCCCGGCCCACCUGAACGAGGACAACGCGCGCUUCCUGCUGCUCGCCGCGCUCAUCGUGCUCUACCUGCUGGGCGGCGCCGCCGUCUUCUCGGCGCUGGAGCUGGCGCACGAACGCCAGGCCAAGCAGCGCUGGGAGGAGCGCCUGGCCAACUUCAGCCGCCGCCACAACGUGAGCCGCGACGAGCUGCGCGGCUUCCUUCGGCACUACGAGGAGGCCACCGAGGCCGGCAUCCGCGUGGACAAUGUUCGCCAGCGCUGGGACUUCACCGGCGCCUUCUACUUCGUGGGCACCGUCGUGUCCACCAUAGGGUUUGGGAUGACGACUCCAGCAACAGUAGAAGGGAAAACCUUUCUGAUCUUUUAUGGCCUCCUCGGGUGCUCCAGCACCAUCUUGUUCUUCAACCUCUUCCUGGAGCGCCUGAUCACCAUCAUCGCCUGCAUCAUGAAAUCGUGCCACCAGCAGCAGCUCCAGAGGCGGGGGGCCUUGCCCCAGCAGAGCCUGAAGAACCCGGGGAAGGGUGAGGUGGACAGCUCGGCUGGCUGGAAGCCCUCCGUGUACUAUGUCAUGCUGAUCCUGUGCAUGGCCUCCCUCCUCAUCUCCUGCUGCGCGUCCGCCAUGUACACCUCCGUGGAAGGAUGGAGCUACUUCGAUGCGCUCUACUUCUGCUUUGUGGCUUUCAGCACCAUUGGCUUUGGGGACCUCGUCAGCAGCCAGAACGCCUGGUAUGCUAGCCAGGGCCUCUACCGCUUCGCCAACUUCGUCUUCAUCCUCAUGGGCGUCUGCUGCAUCUAUUCCUUGUUCAAUGUCAUCUCCAUCCUCAUUAAGCAGUCCGUGAACUGGAUCCUGAGGAAGAUGGAUGGCGGGUGCUGCCAACAAUGCCAAAGAAGACUCUUACAGUCCCGGAGGAAUGUGGUGAUGCCAGGCACUGUCCAGAACCAGUGCAACAUCUCCAUAGAAACGGAUGGAGUCAUAGAGAGUGACAUGGAUGGGCGGCGUCUCUCGGGUGAGAUGAUCUCCAUGAAGGACUUCUUGGCGGCCAACAAGGUCUCACUAGCCAUCCUCCAGAAGCAGCUGUCCGAAACAGCCAAUGGCUGCCCCCACCAGACCAGCACUCUGUCGCUGGACGAUGAAUUCUCAGGGGGGAUAGGAGCCUUUGCAAUAAUGAACAACAGGCUGGCAGAGACCAGUGGGGACAGGUAG